UAGCAGGCCUUGCACUGUAAUAAGUUAAAUCGUCACAUCAAAUACCACGAACACAAUAGCCGUAGAACAUUACACGAAUUGCAUUCAUCAAGGCGAAAUCGGAUUGGUUGUCGCUUCAAAGUACUCUUUAUCGCUCAACACAGACUUUGUUUUGAGUUCCUAGCUUAGAUAGCCAGCAAGGGGGACACAUUUGCUCAAAAAGUGAAAGUUCGGUUUCAAAAAACAGUGACUGGAUUAAUUAGCAGAACGUUAAACGAGAAAUGUGCCGGGCAUGAACGAAUAAAUCAAGAACUGUUCAUAAAUGAAUACUACUCCAAUCUGAAUUGAAACAUGCGCGCCAAACGCUGCUUUAAACAGUGAUUGCUUCUGAUACGGGCCUCAUCAAAGUUAUUGUAAGGAUGGCUUAAAGAAGAAACAUUUUCUAUAAUGAAGCUCGAAGGAAUAACGCUAGAUAAAUCUGAUUCGAAUGCAUCCAAAUCUACCUCAAGAAAGGACAGAGUUAUCAUUAACGUUGGAGGAAAUCGCCACGAGACUUAUUUGAGUACACUAAGAGUCGUUCCAGAUUCCAGACUAGCUUGGAUUGGCGAAAACACGUCGAAACAGGCCGAAUACGACCCAGAAACCAACGAACUGUUUUUCGACAGACAUCCAGGUGUAUUUGCUAAUAUCUUGAAUUACUAUCGAACGGGUAAACUUCAUUGCCCAGGCGAUGUUUGUGGCCCACUUUUCGAAGAAGAAUUAGCGUUUUGGGGAAUAGAAGAGCUGCAAAUGGAGCCUUGUUGCUGGAGUAAUUAUACCCAGCAUAGGGAAGCGCAAGCAACUCUCAAGGCCUUUGAGGGUUUACAAAAGGGCAACGGGGACUCUGACAACGAUAACAGUGCAAUGGGACUUGAUCAAUCUACAAGAAUAGAGAAAACAACCAAGGAACGUUUCUGGGCACUUUUAGAACAGCCGUACUCAUCCAAAUAUGCUCAGAUUUUAGCAAUGAUUUCUCUGGCUGUCAUAGCGCUCUCCGUGUCAACUUUUUGCGUAGAAUCCAUGCAAUACUUCAAACAAUACAGAGAAGUAUUCCGAGGACUGGAAUAUCUUUAUUGUGUUUGGUUUACAGUGGAAUUUGUGGCUCGAUUCUUUGCAUGCCCUUCUAAAAUAGCUUAUUUCAAAAGUUUCAUGACUUGGGUUGAUCUUUUGUCAGUGAUACCCCUUUACAUUAGCUUGGCCAAUCAAGUAGAAGAAUUGGAUUUCUUGUUUGUCUUACGACUUGUAAGGAUUUUUAGGUUAUUUCGAUUUUUUCGCACAAUGAGCGGGAUGCAGGUCAUAGGACACACUCUUCGAGCAAGUGCCAGAGAACUUUUUCUCUUAAUUUUAAUACUCUCCAUUCCAAUGGUCAUUUUCUCUACCUUACUGUUUUACGCAGAAAAAUGGAAAUUUGGAGAACACACCGACUUUCCUAAUAUUCCCGAGACAUUCUGGUGGGCUGUUAUUACUAUGACAACCGUUGGUUACGGAGAUGUCUAUCCAAAGUCUGCUUUUGGUAAAAUGAUCGGCACGGUUUGCGCGUGCGUGGGGGUGCUUAUCGUAGCCCUUCCUGUUUCUGUUAUUGGUAGCAAUUUUACUUUGUUCUAUUCCCAUGCCCAAGCUCAGUUAAAACUUCCAAAAAAGAAAAAAAAGCCCUUGCUUCUUGGGGCAGCUGGUGUUUUAGUGUCAAAUACGAGUCUACAGGAUAUAGAUGGUGAUGAAGAUGAUGAUGAUAACGAUAAUGGUAAGGAUGGCAGUGAUGCUGGAGAGGGAAAAAUAGAACCAAGAUACUCUGUAUCAGAGUUUAGACACCUGAGAAAUCCAUCUAUCCACCCAAGGUCAAGAUCGGUGAGACGAAAAGCUCAAGGAGACAKAGAUUUGCCAGCUGCUUUGUCGUCAAAGUUUCAGAAGGCAGAGUCGGACAACUCUGAUUCUGAGCUACCUUGCGUUACAAAAAUGCCGCUUCUUAGUUUAGGUCACUCAGAUACAUCAAAUAUGUCAAAUAUAUCAAAUGGGUUAAAAGGUAUAAGUGACGUGAUGUUGCAGAUUACUGCACCUGUGACUCGACGAAUGGCGAUUUCUCCCAUCGCUACUCCUCCUGCAAGAAGAAGCAGUCGAAGGAAGAAGAGAAGUAAGAGGGCAUCAGGCACUGGAAACGAAGAGUCAUCGGGUUACGAGCGUGAAAGUUUCUACACCACAGAUGCUGACAGUGCGGCUGAAAAUAAUCAUGCACGCCUAGAGGAAUUGCGAGAACAGAUGAGAAUACAAAAAAACCAGUCACUAUCCUCUAACUCCUCGAAUUACUAUAAUCCUCAUUCGAGUAAAGAAAAUAUAACCUCAAGUGAAGAUAAUGCUCGCUCGCCUUUAAGCCACGAAAGCGCCUUAAGAGAAAUCGAUUUGAAGAACAUUCAUGAUGAAGGGACAGCUGCACCAAAUAUGUGUUUACCUUGUAAUGAAAACAAACUACCGGAUGGAUAUAUUGAACCUACUAAAAAGGAGGAAGGUAAAACAGAGAUUCAAGAAGGUGAAAGUAUCAAAGAGACUAAUUUAUCAGGCGUUUCUGAUCCCUCGUCAAAGGACGAUAGAGAGGACGAUAAACUAGAACAUUUACUAAGUAAUCAUGACUCUUCUCAGAAUGUUACAACUCCUGAGAAGCCACCUCCGAACAUAUGGGAUAGACCACCUGACUUAGAUAUGAAUACAUGGGUUAAACAACCCAAAGUUAGAUCUCGAUCAAAUGCUUUUAGAAGAUUACCUGAACUUUCAAAAGACGUCAAGAACGAUAGAUUGCCGCGGAACGACACGCUUCAACCAAGAAGGGAAAACAUUUCUGUUACAUUUGACGAUACCCCGAAGCGAAAUCGGUGCAAUGGGUCUACAAACGAUCUUCGUGUUCCUUGCAGUGCGCAUGAACGAAAGAAUGUUUGUGAUACGAAGAAUUCUGGUACUGCACACGCAGGAAUAUUAAAAGACAGAACUCACUCAAGAUCACUAGAUCGAUUGCGAAAAAGCCCAGAUUCGUGUCGAAAACAUAAUGAAGAUGUUAUAUUAAUUGAAAGUAACAUUGCCCCGGAUAUUGAGCGAACACACCCUAGGAGUAAUACUAUAGUAUAACUGUUCUAUUGCAGAACUAAGUUAAUGGUGCAUCAUACAGUAGAAGAAAACCCUCGUUAAGUUUUAAAUAAUGAGGGUUGGAGUUUUUCAAUUUUAUGCUGAAAAAAGGUACGCCAAAGAGGAAACACUAUAACUUGUUUCACUCUCUAAAUGAAAUAUAUAUCUCUAACUGACUCGAUUUGAGUGAAGACCAGUAUGCGACGGGUUUGAUAUGUUCUAGCUAUGUGAUGAGUAUGCUAUUCAGCACAAAGAUGGUCAGUAUUUAGCUAGACAUGAUAUUUUCCAGCUUAUAACGAUUAUUAACAUUUUACUACAUAGUGGCCUCACGUUUCGURAAUAUGAACAACAUUAAUAUAAAUAUUGGUGACAAACUCCUUUUUUUACAAAAUUUAUGAAAGCGAUCGUUUGUAAAGUCAUGUUGCCUUUGGCGCCGGAUUUCAAACUGGAGCGAGUUUUUAAUACCAAACUUAUUAGCAAACGAGAGGUUUCACUUGAGAAAGCAUCUCAAUAUUAGUAAGUCUGGCAAAACUAAAAAUGYUUAAAUGGAAGGAAUCCGAAUUACAAGAAAGGUGUUAACAAUUUACAUAAGAAUACGGUUAAAGGCGUGCAGCCUACCAGCCCCUGACCAUGCCUUCUCUGUAACGUUUUCACACUUUUGAUAGCUUGUUAUUCUGAUUCUUUUUAUUUAAACAUGUUCAAAUUUGCCUGAAAUUAGGUAAUCAAGAGACAAGCUGAAUCAACAGGAUAUUACAAAGCCAUUGCGCUUAGUAACCUGGGUUACUAAGUGACUUGAGAAUGUCAUUCAGACUUUUGAAGCGAUAUUCAUCAAGGGUUGGCUUUGCUGUUGGUAAGAAGGUUGAGGACACUUGUUCCAGACGCCGGAUAAAUAAUUUACCCACGAGUGGCCAUAGAGGGACAAUGCUCCAACUGGUCUCGCGCAGACGCUGGCGUGCCUCAGAGCUCGGUACUUGGGCCAUUGUUGUACYUUGUUUAUAUUGAAAUUUGUGAUAACAUUCAAUCCAAAUGUCUUCUUUAUGCAGAAUAAUACUUUGUUGUUUGAUGUCGUUGACAAUCCUGGAGAAUCAUCACAAAAACUAACGACUUAAAUAUCAUAAACCAAUGGUGUGAUAGGUGGUUGAUGAAGAAGAAUACGACUAAAAUAUAUCACCCUACUCUCGUUUUUUAAAUAUUUCUGUCAAAGAGGUAGGCUCUCACACACCUUGGCUUAGUCUUAUCACAUGAUUUCUCCUGGAAGGAGUAUAUAUUAAUACUACAUCAAAAGGCAAGUAAAGCCUUGAACUUGUUUAAAGUACAAACUACAUCGUUCUUCCAUGAGCCUGGUUAGACCUUUGAUGGAAUAUGCAGAUGUCAUAUGGGUUGGGUGUAGUGAGGCURAAAGUGAUUUAUUAGAGRGUGUGCAAUAUGAGUCAGCUCGUGUUGUUACUGAGGUAUUAAAGGAACAAGUAAAAUCAAGCUUUUAAAGGAGCUGAGUUGGGAAGAUCUUAAAAAUAGAAGAUCUUUUCAUAAACUAUGUCUUUUCUAUAAAAUGGUCAAUCACAUAACUCCAGCAUACCUUUUCAAUUUUCUGCCAUUAAAAGUAAGUCAAAGGUCAAAGUAUUCUUUGAUAUCUAGUCUCGGGAUCUACUGAAGAUUCCUCGUUAAUCCCCACUCGUACCAAUAGAUUUAGAAGAUCCUUUCUACCAUCGGUUAUCCCACAAUGGAAUAAAUUAGACAAAACUAUCCGAACCGCUUGUCCUAGUGAUGAUUUUAAGACUAAACUUCGUGGCAAUUUUCGUACUGAAUACAAUCGAUUAUUUGAUACCACUCUCAAUAGACAAACCUCUAUGUUACACAUUAGACUUAGACUUGGUCAUUGUGCAUGAAAUUUUUACUGAUUCAAAAUUUCUUGCAAACCAACACCACUUUGCGAUUGCAAUGAUGUAUCYGUUGAAUCCAUCUCUCACUAUUUCUGUUCCCGACAUCCCGCCCAAUCACAGCUUUUCCAACAACUUACUUCAGAGUCUGAUAAAGUAAACUCCUUUUUUCUAUGUGGUUCUCCWCAUUUAACUUUUAAGCAAAAUCAAAAACUGUUCUUGAGUGUCCAACAAUAUUUGAWAGACACCAAAAGAUUUGUAUAGAGUAAAGAACGCUUAAUUGAUUUUGUAGAUAUAUUUUCUUUUCCGUUGUACUUUUUAUACGUAUAUAUGUUUUUUUCUUUCUUUCUAAUAUGUUACAUGUAAUCUCCCACGAUGUAAUCGCCAUUGUACUUUUUCUAUAUUUAUGUUUUUAUUUUUUCUUGCUAAUAUGUUAAACUUAUUUCUCUUUUUCCUUUUCCUAAAAACUCCAAAAGCAUUGUAAUUAUGUUCUGUGUAAUCUCCCACGAUGAGCUUAGCCGCUCUUGGAGCAAACACAGAGGGUUAGUAUGUUUAAAUAAAAAAUAAUAGUAAUAAUAAUAA